GUUUGCCACAGCUGGUGGCGGAGUUUUUCCUCGUCUAAAGUGCCUCGCCGGCCCGCCUCCUAAUACAAACAGGGAACGCUUCCAAAGCGAAGAAUUCAAUCGACAGGUUGCAAGAACGAACCUUGAAAAGGCCCCACGACGAUCUGCAGGCCAAAGAUAACAACAAGCGCCAUCAAAAACUACCGAACGCAAAGCAACCAUCGCACAGGGAAAGGUCCAUCACCAACAAAAACUGCACCAAUAAUGAAUGAUGAAAAUAAAUAACUAAAUUGAACAAUCGAGCGAAUGUCAAGUAUUACCCAAAGCGAAGAACACUUAAUGCAGCACGUGCACACAAAGAUCCAUAAUGCAAAAACACAGAAAAAGAGAGUAAACUGUGCAACAUACCAAUAUUUGUGCUGACAAAGCACUUCAACGAUUCGAAACAAAGCGGUGUAGCACUUUUCUCUUGCCAUUUUUCUCAUUCUUCAAAAUGCUUUGUUAUCCUUCUGCUUCCGCAUUAUCCUUCUCUCUUUUGUUCUCUUUUUUCUACUGUCUUUUUCACUUCCCUUACCACAUUGUUAUUUCCAGCGCUCCUGCAACGCAAACCAGUUAAAUUAAGGUAAUCUAGAACACCAGAUCGAUCUUCUAUUCGCAAAAAUGACGAUGAACUUUGGCAACAUGACCCUCGGGGGUGCCAUGGCCACCUUCGGCGGUCAGUCGAACCCGAUGUGCAACUACACGAGUCCGUUGGCGAAGAAGUUUGUGUACAAAGAGGUGGGUAAGGUGUACUACCCACUGCGCCGUCACGUGUUCCGUACCAAGGUUCGCACCGCGGCUGAAAUCCGCUUCAACGAGGUCGUGAAGAACUACAUGAAGGACAAGAUGACGUUCAAGAGGGGCUGCUACGCUGCCACCAUCACCAACACCGUAGAGCUCGACCACAUGGGAAGCAUCAUCCCGAAGGACGAGUACGAAGUGAAGCGCCUGACCAGCUACAUGACCAGCAAGAAGAUGAGCAACGACUACAAGAAGCACAUGCAGGAGCUCUGGACCCGUGUGCUCUUCGUGUGCGAGUCUACCAACUUGGUGGGUGUGACCGAAAACGCCAUGACUCAGAACUCUCGUCCUGGUACGGAUGAGGAGUUCAUGUCCCUCAUCUGGUACUCCUCUUUUUCCACCACGCUCUUCGCGUUCGUUGUGACGCUCGCCAUUUGGUGGUACCGCUACGGGCAGGCUCCUCAGUACGCUGAGUUCAAGUAA